AUGUCGCCCGCAGCAAAGCCGCAGCCGCGGUUUCGUAAGAUCCAGAGCUUCAAGACCGACUAUGCUCCUUGUACGAUCAGCCAGUAUGUAUCGGAACGAAGUGGAAUGCAGGUCAUUGUGGCCGAUCGCAAGGGUCCCAAGACCAACGGCUACUUCACUCUCGCAACCGAAAUCCUCGAUGACUCCGGCGCUCCCCACACCCUCGAGCAUCUGAUCUUCAUGGGCUCCAAAAACUACCGCUAUAAGGGCCUUCUCGACAAGUUGGCGUCGCGAGCCUACUCUGGAACCAACGCCUGGACCGCAACAGAUCACACAGCCUACACUCUCGAGAGCGCUGGUUGGGAAGGUUUCUCUCAGAUUCUUCCCGUCUACCUCGAGCACGUCGUCCUGCCCAUUCUCACUGACGAGGCAUGUGUGACUGAGGUGCAUCACAUCGACGGAGAGGGCAACGAUGCCGGUGUCGUGUACUCGGAGAUGCAGGCGGUCCAGUUUAAGAGCGCAGAGAUCAUGGAUCUCAAGGCCCGCCGACUCCUGUACCCUGAGAACGUCGGCUUUCGUUACGAGACCGGUGGGAUGACGGAUGCGCUGCGUUUCCUGACGAACGACCGCAUUCGCUCGUUCCAUCGCGAGAUGUACCAGCCCAAGAACCUCUGCGUCGUUAUCAUUGGCGAGGCAGACCACGCCAAUCUGUUGCAAAUUCUGGAUGAGUUCGAGGAGAGCAUCAAGGACGAUUUGCCGCCCCUGGACGCGCCGUUCAAGAGACCGUGGAUCGACUCUGCACAGCCUCCAGCUCUGGAGAAGUCCAUUAUUACGACGGCCGAAUUCCCUGAAGAAGACGAGUCGGUUGGUGAAAUUACUGUGGCCUUCUUUGGUCCCAACUGCAACGACGUUAUAGCGACGUCGGCACUUAAUGUCCUGCUGACCUAUCUCUGUGGCUCGUCUGUCUCUAUCCUCGAGAAUGUUAUCGUCGAAAAAGAAGAACUCGCUAGCUCAGUUACAUACUGGUGGGAUGCGAGACCGAACUCUGUCAUCUGGUUCCAGCCGACUGGUGUCGAGACCGAGAAGCUCGAGUUUGUCGAGAAGAGACUGAUCGACCUUCUCAAGGAGGUUGCUGACAAGCCUCUUGAUAUGGAGUACUUGACCUCAUGCAUUCACCGCGAGCGCCUUCAGGUCAAGUUCCAAGCUGAAGAAUCAGAGAGCUUCUACUCCACCAACAUCAUCACGGACUACCUUUUCGGCAAGCGUGACGGCUCAACCCUCAAGGAGCUGGAGUCUUUGUCAGAGUACGAUGUUCUUGAGAAGUGGACGGACGAGCAGUGGAGGGAUUUCCUCCGCAAGUGGAUCUCCGAUGCCCCUCACGUUUCCAUCCUUGGCAAGCCGUCCCACGAGCUUGCGAAGAAGCAGAAGGCUGAGGAGGAGGCGAGGCUUGCUGAGAGAAAGGAGAAGCUCGGCCCCGAGGGCUUGGCCAAGCUCAAGGAGCGUCUCGAGGCUGCCAAGGCCAAAAAUGAUGAGCCUAUUCCUGCUGCUGUCGUCGACCAAUGGCCUGUUCCCGGCACCGAAUCCAUCCAUUUCAUCGAGUCCGACACGGCGAGAGCCGGAAAGGCGAAGAGCCUAGGACUGCCCAACAAUGCCGCGCAGAAGGUCAUCGAUGGCUCCAAGCAAGGUCAAGAUCCCCUCUUCAUCCAGUUCGAGAGCGUCCCGACCAACUUUGUUCACUUGACGAUUUAUUUGGGCACGUCCCAGGUGCCUCUUGAGCUGAAGCCUCUGCUGCCCAUCUUCAACGACAACUUCUUCAACACGCCCAUCAUGCGCGACGGAGAGAAGGUCGGUUUCGAGCAGGUGGUCAUGGAGCUGGAACAGGAUACCAUCAGCUAUGGCCUCCGCUCCACCAGAGACUACGGUGACCCAGACGGUGUCAUGAUCCAGUUCCAAAUCGAGCGCGAGAAGUAUUCCACUGUCAUCAACUGGGUCCGUACCAUGAUGUUCGACAGCGUCUUCGAUAUUCAGCGCCUUAAGGCUGGCGUCCAGAAGCACCUUGCCGACAUCCCCGAGAUGAAGCGCGACGGUAGGUCCAUGGCCUCCGAGGUAGACAUGUCCAUCCACCAGAAGAAGGAAUCCUACUCGGUUGCCAAGCGCGCGCUCGUCCGCGCCGUCUAUCUCCGCCGCCUCAAGAAACUCAUCGCCUCGGACCCGGAGAAGGUCCUCUCCUGGUUCGAGCAGCUCCGCAAGUCCCUCUUCACCUUCAACAACGUCCGCGUUCUCGUCACCGCCGACGUAUCGCGUCUGCCCGAACCCAUCGCCGCGUGGGACAUCCUCAGCAACAACCUCAAGGGCUCCAACGACCUCAUCCCCAUCAUCAAGCCGCACACCCUCCUCACCCCCGACGGCCAGGAGCCAGGCAAGGUCGGCGCCGUCAUCGUUCCCAUGACCACCGCCGACAGCUCCUUCGGCGUCAGCACGGCCAAGGGCAUCACCUCCUUCGAGGACCCGCGCCUCCCCGCCAUCAUGGUCGCCAUCGGCUACCUCGAGUCCGCCGAGGGCCCCCUCUGGAACUCCGUCCGCGGCCAGGGCCUGGCGUACGGCUCGUACUUUGGCCGCGAGCUCGACGCCGGCACGAUCCAGUACAAGGUCUACCGCUCCCCGGACGCGAGCAAGGCCUUCGCCGCCUCGCGCGAGACGAUCCGCAAGAUCGCCGACGGCGAGACGCCCAUCGACCGCCACCUCAAGGAGGGCGCCAUCAGCCAGGUCGUCGUGCAGUUCGCCGACGAGCAGUCCACCAUGGCCUCGGCGGCCGCGCAGAACUUCAUGCUCGGCGUCGUGCGCACCCUGUCGCUCGACUGGCACAAGAAGAUCAUGCGGGACGUCCGCGACGUCACAAACGACCAGAUCAAGGCCGUGCUCAAUGAGCUCAUCAUGCCGCUUUUCGAGCCCAAGACCAGCAACGUCGUCAUCACCUGCGCGCCGAUUCUUGAAGAGAACAUCGACAAGGCCUUCAAGGAAAUGGGAUACAAGACCCAGGUGAAGCCCCUGGCCGACUUCCACGACGACUACGGAUUCAAGGGCGACGAUGACGAAGACGGUGAAGAUGACGAGGAUGAUGAUGAGGAGGAUGGUAGUGAGGGUGACUAUAGUGACUCUGAGUCUGAGUGA